AUGUCCUCCCGCAGCCCCCGGCCUCCGCCCCGCCGCUGCCGCCGCCGCCUGCCGCGCCCCUCCUGCUGCUGCUGCUGCUGCCGACGCUCGCACCUCAACGAGGACACGGGUCGCUUCGUGCUGCUGGCGGCGCUCAUCGGCCUCUACCUGGUGGCGGGCGCGACAGUCUUCUCGGCGCUCGAGAGCCCGGGCGAGGCGGAGGCGCGGGCGCGCUGGGGCGCCACGCUGCGCAACUUCAGCGCGGCGCACGGCGUGGCGGAGCCAGAGCUGCGCGCCUUCCUCCGGCACUACGAGGCCGCGCUGGCUGCCGGCGUCCGAGCAGACGCGCUGCGCCCGCGCUGGGACUUCCCUGGCGCCUUCUACUUCGUGGGCACAGUGGUAUCCACCAUAGGUUUUGGCAUGACCACCCCCGCGACGGUAGGCGGGAAGGCCUUCCUCAUCGCCUACGGGCUGUUCGGCUGCGCCGGAACCAUCCUGUUCUUCAACCUCUUCCUGGAGCGCAUCAUCUCUCUGCUGGCCUUCAUCAUGCGCGCCUGCAGGGAGCGCCAGUUGCGCCGCAGCGGCCUGCUGCCCGCCACCUUCCGCCGCGGCUCGGCGCUCUCGGAGGCCGACUGCCUGGCGGGCUGGAAGCCUUCGGUGUACCACGUGCUGCUGAUCCUGGGCCUGUUCGCCGUGCUGCUGUCGUGCUGCGCCUCGGCCAUGUACACCAGCGUGGAGGGCUGGGACUACGUGGACUCGCUCUACUUCUGCUUCGUCACCUUCAGCACCAUCGGCUUCGGGGACCUGGUGAGCAGCCAGCACGCCGCCUACCGGAACCAGGGGCUCUACCGCCUGGGCAACUUCCUCUUCAUCCUGCUCGGCGUGUGCUGCAUCUACUCGCUCUUCAACGUCAUCUCCAUCCUCAUCAAGCAGGUGCUCAACUGGAUGCUGCGCAAGCUGAGCUGCCGCUGCUGCGCGCGCUGCUGCCCGGCGCCCGGAGCGCCCCUGGCCCGGCGCAACGCCAUCACCCCGGGCUCCCGGCUGCGCCGCCGCCUGGCCGCGCUCGGCGCCGACCCCGCGGCCCGCGACAGCGACGCCGAGGGCCGCCGCCUGUCGGGCGAGCUCAUCUCCAUGCGCGACCUCACGGCCUCCAACAAGGUGUCACUGGCGCUGCUGCAGAAGCAGCUGUCCGAGACGGCCAACGGCUACCCGCGCAGCGUGUGCGUCAACACGCGCCAGAACGGCUUCUCGGGAGGCGUAGGCGCGCUGGGCAUCAUGAACAACCGGCUGGCCGAGACCAGCGCCUCCAGGUAGACCGCCCGGCCGCGCCACGGACCCUCGGCGGGCUGGCGUGCCGCCGGCCGUGGUUUGCUUUCCUUCUCUCAGACGCUGGCGCUUUCUUAAUCUUUAUCCAAUAAAA